AUGCCUGACAUGAGAUGUUUCGCUGCUGAAGAUGGAAGCUGGGAACUGCCUCCACCGUACGAGUCUAUCUCGUCCUCAGGAGGCGCAGAAAGCGACCCGACAAGGAACAAUGGGGCCUUCCCACUACCCGGCGCUUCUUUCCCAGAGCUGUCGCCGACAAAUGAUGGCCGUGUAAAUGUUCAUAUUGGAUCGCGGUUCAGUCGGAAUCUGGAAUGGCUUAUGGGAAACCAAGCCGCCGAGACGCCCCAGACUGCAGGAGAAGCAGCCCCAUCCGUACCAUGCCCUGUCUGGGAUCUGCAUCUCAAUAUCGUGAUCCAAGUUGUAGGUAGCCGUGGUGAUGUCCAGCCCUUUGUCGCCUUGGGUAAGGAAUUGCAGAAGUACGGCCACCGUGUGCGGCUGGCCACGCAUGCCAAAUUCGAGCAAUUCGUCCGAACCGCCGACCUUGAGUUCUAUCCCAUUGGAGGGGACCCUGUCGAGCUGAUGUCCUAUAUGCGGAAACGGGCUUCAAUGGCGGAGAUUCUAGACGGCUGCUGGCGGUCGUGUAUAGAACCAGACCCGUAUGACAAGACCCCAUUCGUGGCGGAUGCCAUAAUUGCAAAUCCCCCAAGUUUUGCCCAUAUCCACUGUGCGCAGGCGCUUGGCAUUCCUGUUCAUCUCAUGUUCACGAUGCCCUGGACAAGCACUAGGGCCUUUCAUCAUCCGCUCGCGAACUUGAAGUAUUCCGGUAGCGACCCGUCGCUGGGGAAUUUGGUUUCUUUUCAUUUUGUGGAGUGGUUGACAUGGCAAGGUCUAGGGGAUCUGAUCAAUGCCUGGCGCAGGAAUGUACUGGGCCUAGACCCCAUCCCCACUACAGAGGGUCCAAACCUCGUAGAAGCGCUCAACGUGCCCUUCACAUACUGCUGGUCUCCCGCAUUGAUCCCGAAGCCCAAGGACUGGGCAUCUCAUAUAGGUGAAGAUGACACCCCCCACCCCUACGUAAUUUUGGCUAAUUUUGCAGACGUCUGCGGGUUCUUCUUUCGUGACCCACCGGCUUACGAACCCCCAGCGGAACUUGAUGCCUUCCUGUGUGCAGGCCCACCACCAAUCUAUAUCGGCUUCGGUAGCAUCGUCCUUGAGGAUGUGGAAAAGAUGCUGUCUAUCUUACUCGACGCUAUUCAAGAGACCGGAGUACGGGCCAUAAUCUCCUGUGGCUGGAGCAAUCUUGAACACCGAGAGACCCCUAACGUCCACUACAUUGGCGACUGUCCACACGAGUGGCUCUUCCAGCAUGUAGCUGCAGUUGUUCAUCACGGCGGUGCGGGGACAACAGCCUGUGGCUUGCGCAAUGGAAAGCCGACUACGAUCGUCCCCUUCUUUGGAGACCAACCAUUUUGGGGCAAUAUGAUCGCCGCCGCAGGAGCCGGCCCCGAGCCAAUACCCCACAAGAACCUCACCGCACAGAAGCUGGCUGACGCCAUCACCUAUUGCUUAACCCCGCAGGCUGUUGCUGUAGCGCGAGACAUAGCAGACAGAAUACGCCAGGAGUGCGGUGUUCGUGCGGCAGUUAACUCGUUCCACGCGCAUCUACCGCGGCGUAAGAUGCAGUGUGAUCUCAUACCGAGCGAGCCUGCAGUCUGGUAUUUUAAGACGGGAAGACGAACAGUUAAGCUGUCCAAAGUGGCUGCGUGGACCUUGAAGCACCAGGGACGUAUCCAGGGAAAGCAUCUCAAACGAUACCAAACAAAGCCAUUUACCAUCGAUAUUCGUCGAUGGGACCCAUUUACGGCCGUUUCGUCGGCCUCAUUGUCCACACUCACUGGCAUGGCCGAUGCCACAGCCGGGAUCUUUAUCGAUCCAUAUAAGGAAUACAAACGUCUCCGAAAAUCUGACCGUAAUCGUGACGCCUCCAACCCUGCCACCAGUUCAUACUCCUCACUUGCUGCAUCUGAGACAUCAUCUACGACAGAACCAGCAUUAAUAUCACGGACGCAUGCCUCUCCGGGCAUAUCGGACACUGAACUUAGCUCCGAUGACCCAGACUACGCGCGGCAGAUGGCUAUUGCAUCAGCUACAAGCCUAGGAAUCUUUCUCGGCCGAUCCUCUCGCGGCGCGCUGGUAGAUCUACCUCUUGCUGCCGUUGAAGGUAUGCGGGCCGUGCCCCGGCUGUACGGCGAAAAAGUACGUGUGCACGACCCGGUGAGGGACUGGAAGAGUGGUGCGGGCGUGGCAUGGUCCACCUUCUCUCAUGGCUUGUACGAGGGUGUCACCGAUAUCUUCGUGCACACGUACCAGGGGAAGAAGAAACAAGGCGCCCUCGGGGUGGCUAAGGGCCUGAGCAAGGGCCUAGUCAGCUUGACAGUUAAGACGGGGGCGGCAACGGUUGGUCUCAUCGCGUAUCCGAAUCAAGGUAUCUAUCGCUCUCUGAUGAGCACUGUACGGAAGCGACCUGUAAAGCAGAUUGUGGAAGCAAGAUGGGCGGAGGCAGAGUGGAUUACUAGGGUCGAGGGGGGUGUGCAGAUGGAUGCAGUGGAGCUGUGUUCGUUGUACGAUGAGUUGUUGUCUACCAGGGAGGAAGCCCGGCAGGGGCGGUAA